GCCCCUGCCAUAAUGGAGGACAAUGUGAUCACGUGACAGGAGUCUGCCUCUGUACUGCAGGGUAUAUGGGAGACAGGUGUCAAGAGGAGUGUCCAGUGGGGACAUUUGGCUUCCAGUGCAUGGAGAAGUGUAACUGCGAGAACAGAGCCAAGUGCUACCACGUCAACGGAGCGUGCCUGUGUGAUCCGGGCUUUAAGGGCAUCCAUUGUCAGGAGCGGAUCUGUCCCGAAGGAUACUACGGGCUGAAAUGCAACAAACGGUGUCCGUGUCAUCCUCCUAACACAGACAGGGAGAGAUCUGCUCGGUUACGUGUCCUCUUGGAAGCUACGGAGUCAAUUGCUCUCUGGCCUGCAACUGCAAAAACGAUGGCAUGUGUUCCCCGGCAGACGGCUCCUGCUUCUGCAGAGAAGGGUGGCAGGGAACCGACUGCUCCAUUCCAUGCCCAAGCAACACGUGGGGCCUUAACUGCAACCAGACGUGCUACUGUGCCAACGGAGCUGCCUGUGACCCCAUGGAUGGAUCUUGCCUUUGUGGUCCUGGGUGGCAAGGAGAACUCUGUGACCAGCCCUGCCCUGAUGGGACGUAUGGCCUGAACUGCAGCGAACGUUGUGAUUGUGACCACGCAGAUGGGUGUGAUCCUUUGACUGGCUAUUGCUGUUGCCUUGCUGGCUGGACAGUUUGUCCCCCUGGUUUCUACGGGCUUCACUGCAACCAGAUUUGUCCCCAAUGUCUUCACAGCAUACUUCCCUGCCAUCAUGUCACAGGCCAAUGUGAUUGCCUGCCAGGUUUUUUUGGUCCCCUCUGCAACCAAGUGUGUCCAAGUGGAAGAUACGGGAAAGACUGUGCUGAGUUGUGCUUGUGUACAAACAAUGGGACCUGCACUCCUAUGGAUGGCUCUUGCCAGUGUUUCCCAGGAUGGAUCGGCAAAGAUUGCUCACAAACUUGUCCGGUGGGCUUUUGGGGAAGCGAUUGCUUUCAUUCGUGCAGUUGCCACAAUGGUGGGACGUGCAGCCCCCACAAUGGAGAAUGCCGAUGUACCCCUGGCUGGACGGGUCCCUUCUGUUCGCAGAGAUGCCCAGCUGCCUUUUAUGGAAAGAACUGUGCCAAUGUCUGCCAGUGCCAGAACGGGGCUGACUGCGACCACAUCACCGGGCAGUGCACCUGCAGGACUGGCUUCACCGGAAAACAGUGUGAGCAGAAGUGUCCGCAAGGAACAUUUGGUUACGGCUGCCAGCAGCUCUGCGAAUGCAUGAAUAACGCCACCUGUGACUAUGUUACAGGGACCUGUUACUGCAGUCCCGGCUUCAAAGGGAUCAGGUGCGAUCAAGCGGCUCUCAUGAUGGAAGAAUUAAAUCCCUAUACUAAAAUUAGCCCCGCUCUUGGAUCUGAGAGGCAUUCAGUGGGAGCAAUCUCUGGAAUUAUUAUCCUCCUGCUAAUUAUUAUGGUUUUGCUGGCACUGUUUGUGUGGUAUCGACGUAAGCAGAAACUACGUGAAGGAAUCUGCCCACAGCUCCAGCUCCGCUUCCCUCAACAGCAGCGAAAACCCCUACGCCACCAUCCGAGACCCCCCCAUCCUGACCCGCAAACCGCCCGAGAACAGCUAUGUGGAAAUGAAGUCUCCUGCCCACCGGGACGCGUCGUAUUUGGACAUGCCAACCUCUUCGCCAGCUCACAAAAACAUCUACGACGUCGAGCCCACGGUCAGCGUGGUUCAUGAGAUCCGUCUCCGCAAUGCUGGUUACAUCCAAAAUCCAUACGAUCUUCCCAGAAACAGCCACAUCCCCAGCCAUUACGACAUUGUCCCGCUAAGACACAGCCCAACUCAUGGGACACUCUGGGACAAGCCAUCUUAAAGGGCCAGCCCACCCGGACAUCCCAACACACACACACACACCACAACCAUGUGCCAUGGGAGCAUUGUUCUCGGACACAACAAAGAUGACAAUCUUUUUUUUCCCCGUUUUAUCCUG